AGCUCUACGGGUGGAGCAACAGCAGCAGCACAUCCACGUGGCUCGAGUGUGAAAAACAGCCAGCGACUUUGAGAAACUUCUCGAUCUUUCCUCGCCGUUUCAAAUAGGGCGGAACCACAGCCACACAGCGGCACAGAGAACCCCUCAGGUGGACGGGACAACAGCUCUCCGAUGAAAUCAGGCCACGAGCUGUUAGAAAAGAUUUGUUUAGAGUUGUUGUGAACUGAACUCGACGGAUAAACAACCGCCUCGACGCAAGCAGGACUUUCUCUGAACCCGCUGUUUGUCUUCUGAAGAAUAUCGACCAGAAAAGAAACUCUCAAUGGUGAAGAUGGGGAAGGAUUAUUACAGUGUGCUGGGGAUCCAGAAAGGCGCAUCUGACGACGAGAUCAAGAAAGCGUACCGCAAACAAGCGCUCAAGUACCAUCCGGACAAAAACAAGUCUCCCGGCGCCGAGGACAAGUUCAAGGAGAUCGCGGAGGCGUACGACGUGCUGAGCGACCCGAAGAAGAAAGACGUUUACGACCGAUUCGGUGAAGAAGGACUGAAGGGAGGCGUCCCCGGCGGUGGAGGUGCUGGCGGUAAUUUCACCUACACUUUCCAAGGCGAUCCUCAUGCAAUGUUUUCUGAGUUUUUUGGAGGACAGAACCCUUUCGAACACUUUUUCGGACGCAAUGGUGGCAUGGAUGAGGAUAUGGAAACCGAUGACCCGUUUGCCAGUUUUGGCAUGGGUGGCAUGGGCGGUUUCCCCCGCUCCUUUAACACACGCAGUCACGGCGGGAGACUGGAGAAAAAACAGGACCCUCCGGUGACCCACGACCUGAGGGUCAGUCUAGAUGAAGUGUUCACUGGCUGCACCAAGAAGAUGAAGAUCUCACGCAAACGCCUGAACCCCGACGGAAGAACAACGCGAACUGAGGACAAGAUUCUUACCGUGGAGGUGAAGAAAGGCUGGAAGGAAGGGACCAAGAUAACUUUCCCCAGGGAAGGUGAUGAGACGCCAACAAACAUCCCUGCAGACAUAGUGUUUGUGGUGAAAGAUAAACCACAUCCCGUGUACAAACGAGACGGAUCAGAUGUUAUAUAUCCUGCAAAAAUUACACUCAAAGAGGCACUUUGUGGUUGCGUGAUCAACGUCCCAACACUGGAUGGUCGCAAAAUUAAGUUGACCACUCAGGAAAUAAUUCGUCCCGGGAUGAAACGGCGUGUCACUGGGGAGGGUCUCCCUCUUCCGAAAUCCCCAGAGCGCCGCGGGGACUUGGUUGUUGAAUACGAGGUCAUGUUUCCUGAAAGGUUGAGUCAGAGUGCCAAAGACACUAUCGCAAAUGUUUUGCCAUCUCCUUGAGCUGCCUAUGUAUUACAACGCUGGAGCCAUUGCUAUUGGGGAUUUUUGGUUUCAUAGCAUUUAAAGAUGAAUAUUUGAGCUCAGCCCAAUAAGCUGCCCAUUUGCUGCUGCAAAACAAAACUGUUAUUCUAUAACAUACUGCCACCGAGAGACUAUCUGAACCGAAACAUAGCUGGACUGAACUGGUUUAUCUAUCGGUGUCAUGAACCCAUGUUUCCUUUGGGUCUAGUCCAGCACAAAGUCUCCAGCUGUGGCCUCUGGGCCAGUGUUUGGUUGUGCACUACACAUGUCUAAGUUUACAUUGACUUGUUCCAGAGAUGGACAGUAGAGGAUGUUGUGAUGUUUGGGGAUACAUGUGGCUUCUUUUCUAACGUGAUCCCUCAGGAAAGGCUUUCUGUGAAAGCUGCCUGUAAUUGUUCUUCCAGUAGAGUCUAAUAUAGAUGUUUAGUAACGUCAUGAAAAGUCAUUCACAAUGAAGUGGUGGCCCAAAGUGAUCCCUGCUUGGAUCAUCCCUCAUCUAAGUAUGUGAAUAAGCACAUGCAAGAAAUCACCUGGACAGCAAUUUUACAGAAGAAAUUAGAUAUUUUUUUUUUUUUUUAUAAAAGUAAAAAGGAAGAGUCAUGUCAGACAUUGAACUGUUUUUCUGUUUACUUAACUGAUGUUAUGAAUUGUUUUGACGUUUGUCUCUGUGAAACUGAAUUUGUUGCUUCACAUUGUUGAUAUUAAACUGUAUGUGGGA